CAGGACGACGCUGAAGACAGGCAGCAGCCCCCGAGCAGCAGCACCAGCACACCCUGCCCAGACACUACGCCUAGUAAGAGGAGUCAGGAAGCCUUCAACCUGCCGAGUUACCGCAAAGGAGCAUCAUCGUCACAAAUACACACGCACAGACACCAUUCCUUACACGCAGAGCACACCACGCGGUAACUCUCCAUAUCGCACUUUCUUCACGUCGUCCUGCCAGGGAAGACUAAUAUUCGAGGUCCCAGCAGUCAGACACUCCAGGCAUCAUGCGUUGGCGGGACCACCACGUAUCACUUCUAUUACUUCUACUCCUGCAACUGCUCUCCAACCUCCAGGCUUCCCCUAUGUUACCGGAAACGGUGCUAGAGGCGGAAGAAGUAAUAAAGGAGGUUGAAAAAGUUAUCGAACCUGAACCUGAGAAGGAGGACGAGAUCCAAACCCAGACGGAAAUACAAACCCAGACGCAGACCCAGACCGAGACCAAAACCCAGAGCCAGGAACUCCAGGAAGUAAAGCAGACGUUCCGAGUGCGUCCCGAAAACACCCAAGUGCGAAUGGGGGAGAACGUGUACUUAUGUUGCAUCGUGGACCACCAGCAGGGCAAGGCACAGUGGACCAAGGACGGCUUCGCUCUGGGCUUCAACCGCACCGUGCCUGGCUAUCCUCGCUAUCAGUACGUGGGCAACGAGACCAUCGGCGAGCACCACCUGGUGAUCCGCGGCGCUACUCUUGAAGAUGAAGGCGAGUACGAGUGCCAGGUUGGACCGACGGCGACCAACGAGGCUAUCUGGUCAGGUGCCAACGUCUCUGUUAUGGUUCCUCCACGCAAGAUCGUCAUGGUGGGGUGGGGUGACGGAGCCAUGGUAGAAGUAACUCAGGGCACCAAACUCAAACUAGAGUGCCUGCUGAUGGACGCCAAGCCUGCCCCGACUGUCGCCUGGUAUAGAAAUUCCCUAAGAAUCGACCCCAGCCAUCAUUACGAGAUGAUUGAAGAGUCUACGAACACUAGAAUGGUCAGCGUGAGAAGCUUCCUUGUACUGAGGGCGGAAUCCGGUGAUGAUGGCCACCAGUACUCCUGCCGUGCUAUCCAUCCUGCCAUUGUGUACUCUCAGCCACCUCUCGUCGCUGCUAUUAGACUCGCCGUGUUCCACCCACCAGGCCGUCCCGUAAUCAGUGAGUACAGGACAGGCCAAGUGCUAAAGGCCGGAGAAAGCCGCAUUCUUGUAUGUCACGUAUUGGGCGGCAACCCAUCUCCUCGCGUCAUGUGGUACCGUCAUGGACGCCCCCUCAAUCAGGAGGCUGCCGCAGCCGCAGCCAAGACUAAUAGCCGAGGCAGGAGGAAUGGCCUGGUGACGAGCGCCCAUCCCGCCAGGCAGCUGAAGGCUUCCGGUGGAGUGUUUGUCAGCCAGCAAGUGACGGCGACCCGCGAGGAGGACGGAGCUGUUUAUGAAUGCCGAGUGAAUAGCGACUUGUUGACGCACCCUUACACCACCAACGUUACCCUCACCGUGCAAUACCCUCCUACUCACGUGGAGGUGCGAGGCCCCGCCGCUGUGUCUGUGGGGGAAGAGUUUACCGUCACCUGCAUCACGGCUCCCGCAAGUCCUCCAGCCUCCAUCACCUGGAUUGUUCAUGGUUCCUUCGUCGCCACCGGUAACUCUACUGUGAUGGAGGACUACGAGGGCGGAUGGAUCACUACUUCAGUUCUCACCAAGCGACUCGUGAGGACUCUCGAAACCCAUGAACUAACGGAGGCCAACGUGGAAUGCCGCGCCGAACACCCCGCCACCACGAGGGCCGGAGUGCGAGGGAACCACGUUAUCAACAUCCUGGAGAGCCCCGGGGAGCCACAGGUGGAAGUGGAGGGGAACGGCAAAGUUAUGAGUGGGGAUGAGGUGGCUCUCGUGUGUUCCUCUACCGGCGGCAACCCAGCACCGGAGCUGACGAUAUACAAAGGGACUGAAAAGCUGGAGGGGCUGAGCGUGGAGACAGAGGGUGGCAUAACCUUGGCGCGUGUCAUGGUGGAGGUGAACGCGUCAGACAACGGAGAGAAGAUCACGUGUGAGGCUUCCAAUCUCGCUACCAGCAUCCCCGUGGCCGGCCAGACCAUCCUGAAGGUGAACUAUCCUGCCUGGGAUGUGCGAGGAUGGGCCAGCCCUCGUAGCGUGGAGGUAGGACACGUGGCCAAGCUGACCUGUGAAACGUCCUCCAGUGUGCCUCCUUCAGUUGUCACCUGGCACUCCUCAGGCGCCGCCCUCACCCAGCAGUCAUUCAAGCACUCCCAGGGACAGUUCGGCGGCACAGUCACAAGAUCCAAGGUGCGUGUACGUGUGCGCGCUGAAGACCAAGGGCGCGUCAUUACCUGCGAGGCUGACAACGGCCUGGGUGUCACCGUGGCCACCAAUAUCACCCUCGACGUGCUGCACGGUCCCAUGUGGGUCUUCACACCUGUCAAAUUCGUCGACGUGCAGGAAGGUAACGACGUGACUCUUACAGCAUCCGCAGAAGCCAACCCAGGCCCUGUUAAGUACAAGUGGUAUCACGGGCGCCAGAAGCUGGAUGGGAUUGAAACCGAGACUGGUGAUGGAUUGUUGAAGCUCGAGAAAGUACAGCGUGACAUGGGCGGCAACUACAGCGUCACAGCCAGCAGUGUGCACGGAGCUAUCAGCUCUUCGUUCACCGUUAAUGUUUUGUACGGUCCCCGGAAUAUGUCGGUGCCUGAGCGGGUGCUAGCGGACCGAAAUGAGACUGUGAGCAUCCAGUGCGUGGCGGACGGCAAUCCAGCCCCUAAUGUGACCUGGAGCAGGGCAGGGGACGACACCAACUCCAUUCUGGCAGCAGGCGUCGGUGACGCUCAGCUAGUGGUGGACUGGGCGACACCAGCUGAUACAGGCGUUUAUCUUUGUCAUGCCACCAAUGAGGUGUCCACAAGUGUUUCACCCGCUCGAACUGUCCUCGUCGUACCUCAGGCCCCUAGCAGACCGACCACAAGUCUAGACGGUUGGUACUCUUGGGAAGAUGAUAUAGAAGAGGAUGGAGCAGUGUGGACAGGCACAGCAUGGGCAGUAAUGGGUGGCGUGGGUGUAUUAGACUGCCGUGUGCGUGCUUCUCCUCAACCUUCUUUCCAAUGGACAGAUGCUGACGGUCUUCCCAUCAUCACUGGAGACAAAUACUUAAUCCAUUUUCCUCAACUUGUGGAUGAUGUUGUGGAGUGGUCAUCUGUGCUUGAGGUGAAGGACAUCACUCAAGAGGACUUUGACAACUUUACUUGCACCACCACCAACUCUCUAGGAUCCUUGGACUUCCCUCUCUCUCUCAAUCGACACUCUCGUCCUGGUGCUGCUCCCCUUGUCCUAAAUGUGACUGUAGUGAGCGACUCUGGUGUGAUAGUGACCUGGAAUGAUGUAACUGAAGGUCCAGCACCUGCAGGCUACACCAUCAGACUGCGCAGUGAUCAACACCCUCAGUAUCAGUUGGUAGACGUACCAGGGACCAACACCAGUAGCUGGGAGGUGAAAGGUCUCUCUACCGGGGCUAAGUACUCCUUCACUGUGCAGUCUUACAACCAGAAGGGCCGCCCCUACCACACCUCCCCUGCCAUUGAGGUCCUCAUGAAAGCUGAUUAUGAGAUGGAUGAGGAGACUUCAGAUGAGGCUAAGAAGACUGAUGAUGAACAAGUGAUAAAGAGGCCUCAAGGCAUCUCACUGUUCAUGUUUGUUCUCAUUGCACUCACGGGCGCUGUCCUCUUUGUACUGAACAUCACCGGUGUCCUCUGCUACCUUCGCCGCCGCUCUUUCUUCCAAGGCCUUUCAGACGGUUCCUCACGCAAAGACUCUGCAUAUGAGGUCCCAUCUCCAUCUCUGGUCGACCACCUGUCACUGAGUUCUACCGACGACAUCCCACCUCCUGACUACGAGGUAACACCUCCGCUGCCCCAACAGCAAGUGAUGGGGACACUGGGCCGUGUCAGCUUUGGAGGCAGCCUAGUGGACGUAAGACGUGCUUCAGGUUCACGUGGUACUCCUUCACUGGCAAGGAGCAGCCCAAUUGUCACCUCCUCUAGCACCAUUUCAGCAGGACUUGACCUUGAUAUUGAUGAAAUCAUAGCUCCUCCUGAUGACUUUUCCAAUGAACUCAACAGUAUGCCAUCAGAUGAGAUCAUGUCUGGAUGCCAUGGACGCAACUCCUGGGCCGACCUGGAUAACAUGUCAUCGUCAGAACAGCUCGUUCCUCAUUCAUCUGGGCGUGACUUGCCCAUCAGUCAUCACUCCAGAACAUCUUACACUUCAUCCACUUUCCACCACAGUCUGGAAUCUCUUGAUCAGUUGUACAGUCUAACACAAGAAACUAGACAACCUCUCACCCUUCCCAGGCCUCCAUCACAUAUAAUCUACCAUGGGCCACCUCACUUCCAGCACCUGCUGCAGCAUCAACAACACGAACACAUGCACCAGAUUACACAAGGAAGCCAACAACAGCAGCAGCAGCAGCAACAUAUGAUAGUGCAGCAAUGCCCACAGUACCAUUUUCCAAUGCCUCUAGAUAGUUCUCAGGCCUUUGGUUAUCCAAAGCAUCUAACGCAGGAGCAGUACUACUUUCAGCAACAAUCUCAUUAUCAGCCACAUACAUCAGAAUCAUCAGAACCUAUGUCUCCAUCCUAUGCCAGCCUUGAUCCUUCAAUGUUGUAUGCCCAGCACUCAACAUUUUUCACAGACGGGUCCCAGUCUCUCUCAGCAUUUCCUGAACAGCAGAGUGAAGGAUCACCUCCAGUCCAGGCAACAGUGAGAUUCUCCCUGUCUUAAACAGUUCUGCCAUCCUGCCAGCUCAUGUUGAACAUGGAGGACUCUGCCAUUACCACAGAAUUAAGAGCUUCAACAGAAUAAACACCAUCACCAUUAAAUGUUGCACUUGAUUCAAUUUUUUAUGGCAAUGCAAAUCAGUAACCAAGUCAUAGGUUUAAGAUUUCCAUUAAAAUUCCGUCUAUCACAUAUACAUUCUCUUCAGUACUCCAUGAAGUAUCUAAAUCACUGCAGUGUACAUGUUUCUAUGUAUAAAAACUUAUUUGUCCACUUUUCCUGAAAUGAACCCCUGCUCACCUAUUUUUUGGAUAUAAAACUUUCAUUUAAGAUUAUGAACUAACCAGUCAAUACAGAUAUAGACAUUCUUAAUAAUUGCCCAUGCCCAUUGCCCAAAAAUAUUAGUUAUAUAUAAUUCAUUUAUUAAGCAACAUUUAUAGUGUAGCUGGUCUACAACAAAUUUUGAACAUAUUAUUAACAUGUGAGCAUCCUAUGAAGGAGUUUAUUUAGUGGUGGUCACUACUGCAAUAAAUAAUGCAGGGUGACCAAGGUAUUGUCCAUUCAUCCCUCCAAUUAAAUGUACAUUCUGUAAAUAUCCAUUACAUAUCAUCUCUUCCAUCAACAUAUCAAUUCAGUGAAAUUCACCAAAAUCACAAAUUCACAAUCAUUAUUGUGCCAUGAACACAUUAUUGCAUAAUAUAGAUAAUGUCACCACCACAUGCCAAUUGUGUGGUCAGAAUAAUUACUCGUAAGUCUACCACUGAUUCUACAAUUGUCUCAUCUCAUGUCUCUUGUCAGAUGUGAACUUAUGUGAUUUCUUAUUUGAUGGACUUCCUUAGAUUAAAUUCUAUCUGUGAUAUCUUGCUAUAUAUUAAUGGUUUUGAAUAAGAAGUGUUGAGGUAGCAUAUGUCCAUGCAUUUAUUUUUACCUGUGAUUCAAGGGAUGUUAGUUAAAUGUUAUAUAGUAAUUGUAUGUGAUAUUAUGUUGUUAUGAUUUGAUGUUGAGUAUUUUGCUGUGUUAGAUAGGUCUUUUCAUCGCAAUGGCUCACUGCAUUUCAGCUCAGUGGGUACCAAGACAAGUUAGCAAAUGUCUAAUUACAGGGCUCAUAUUAGAUUAUGAACUUAUAGAGAACUUAUUAUUGAAUAAUGCAGUUAAUGUUUUGUUGAGAAUUUAUUCUUAAAUAUUGUAGUUAAAUGAUUUGUUACAAUCACAAGAGAUUUUAAUGUGACACAAUAUAAUUUAAAAUUUUAAAAUGACAGGGUAUUACAGAGUUAGGUAAA